AUGGCAGCAUAAACAUAGUAGUCUAGUCUCUAGAAACACAAAUCUCAAGUUCAAACUGGUCUUUAAAAAAGUGGGGCAACUAACACCCCUUUGGAAAGAAGCAGAUAAAAGAAGUUUAGUGCAUAUGAAGCUAGCGAUGAUGAGUCUGUUCUCGAAUUCCAAAAUAUUGAGAACUAAUUACUCAGGGAUAAAGGUACUAAGGCUCAAGGAGAUGGGCAGAUUCCAAACUAGCAAGCAUCUAGUAAGUUCAAGAAAGCAUCAACACAGCGACUAGAAGCCUAGUUAAGUCCAAAGAAAUAACUUUCAAAUAACCUUCCUAAGAAAAAGCCUUCAACAAUAGUUAAAUAAGAUCUUUAACCCAUAACUGCUCCUACAACUUCUAAAGAAUAAAAUGCAGGAGAGUAGAAGAAAGAGACAUCAAAGAGCAGUGGAAAGUGCUAUAGCAUCUUCUGUUGUGGCUACUGCUGUUCAAAAGGAACUGGAGUAAGUGAUAAGGAGAAAAAUUAAGAGCUGAACUUAGCUCGUCCAGAGAAGAUGCAGAAUGACGUUACUUUUAUUGGAAAUAAUAAAGGUUAGAAGAGCAAUGCUGGCUAUAAUCAUGACUAAGAUUUAUCGCUAAUAGAUGAUAGGGAAGAGAUGGAUUAUAAUUCAGUGAGUUAGUCUGUAAUAGACUUAAAAUAGGAUUAAAUUGAUGAUGAGAAAAAUAAAAUAGACUCUAAUCAGGAUAAUGAUGAUAGUAUUUAGGAUAAUGAUAGUGUUGGAGAUGAAGAAAAAGUUGAACUAGAUUUAAGGUCUGAUCUUAAACCUAAUAGUGGAGAGCAUUCAAUUAAUGGAUUUCAAAGAUCUAUCAAAUCAAGCUCAGAUCCAUUAGAAGUUAAGAAUGUCCCAAAUAUAGAUAUUGAUGAUUAAUUGGCUGUAGAGGAUGAUCAUGUAUCCAAUGCCUCUUUCAACAGAAGGUAGCAAGAGAUUAUGCAAAAUCAAAAUAUCUACACUGUAGAAAAUAAUACGAGAACAUCUCCUGAUGGAAGGUUUUACACAAAUGAUCACUUUAUGAGGAUUGAUGGACAAACUCCGGAAAGCUAAAUUCAAAUGAUUUCUGACGAAAUGUCUCCAAAGAUAGAGAGAUCUCUAUUGAGUGAUAACUAUCACAAUGAUCAUUCUUAAUAAGUAGAGUCAGAGAAUAUGGAAGGAAAUCAUCAUCAUAACAGACAAGAUAAUCAAGCAGAUGAAAUAGAUGGAGAUGAUAGUCUCCAAGAUAUGGAUGAUGUCAGUGACAGAACUACUGAAAAUGAUCAGGAGCAAUACAAACUUGCGCAAGCAAAGAGAAUGUAUAUAAUUCACGAGGUAGAUGAAGACUAGUUAUCUGAGAUGAGUUCUAGGAAAGACAAGUCACAGAGAUUGUCAUAUGUAAAUCAGAGACAGCAUUCAAAUGCCAUUGACCACUCAAUGCAAGGUGACCAAAAUAUAUUACAGAUUUUAAAGGAGGAGAAUGAAGAUGAGGAUGUGUAUGGUUUAAAUUAGAUCAGACACCAUUAGACGCUAAGUCUUGACAAUGAUAUGAGUAACAUGCAGAUUAAUGGCUCUUAGGACAUUGAACCCCACAACAACUCUGCUGGAAUAAACUUUCAACUUACCAAAUAAGCAUCAAUAGAAAAUAGCAAUAACAAGAAUCAUAUCAGAAUAGAAAAUGAUCAAACUAAUGAGAAGUAAGGAAUGCAAAAAUCAAAGACCUGGAAUAAAUAAGAAAUCCCAGUCUUUAUUGAUGAAAAUGGAUUAACUCAUAGUCCAAAUUUCAACUCUAAAUCCUUAAUAAAUUUUGGCCAAUAUAUGUAAGAAGAGGAAGCAAAGUAAGUUUCCCCAAUUAGAGCUAAACAAAGAUCUUAAAAUUCACCAUCAUAGAAAAAUAUUAAAGUAGAGGAUGGGAAACAAUAAACAGCAUUUUUCAGGCCUCAAAGAUAGUCAAAUGGAAGUAUAAAAGGAUCUGCCAUACAGCCUAACAACAGUCCCACUAAAAGCAAAUAGGAUCAAGAGGAAAUUUUAUUCAUAAAUGAUAUUGAUGCACAAUUUAACUUAUAAGUAUCACCAUUUGAACAGAAAUAAUACUCUCAGAAUAAUAAUAACAGCUAUAUUUAGUAACAAUAGCUACCUUAAUAAAGUCCCUAAACACAAGUCAUAAUUUAAAAAGUAAGCGUUGAUAAAUCUAAGCUUAUGCAAUCACCCGCUUACUAAAACUUUGAUCAAUUCUUAAUAGCAAAUAAUUUGAAUUAAGAAGAUCAAACGAUGAUUGCUUCCAAUCAGAAAUAUAUAGAUGAAGGGAAAGAAAAAGCAAAAAUACUUAAUGAGAGUUAAGACUAAAUUCUUCUUUCAAAAGAAAAUAAGAGUAAAACUCAAGAUAGAAUAAGUUUGAUAGAAAAAUAAAAGACUUAAUAGGCAGCACAUGCUAAGUAAAGAGCUGUUAUAAGAGAAAAAGAGAGAUCUGCAAAAGUAAAUUGUGCAAUUAGGAUCUAAAAGAUAUGGAAAGGCUAUCAAAUUAGAAAAGACUUUGCAUUUUUAGUAAAAAAUCUAAGAAAAGUUAAGGCUCUCAGAAAACUAUUUGAAAAUCAUUACCUUGGAUUUAAGUAGGGAUUACUCAAUGACUUGAAGUCUCAUCUUUAGAAGGGGAAACAAAAUAUAGACAAGGAAGAAAAAGAAAUGAUGAAUAACUUUUUGAAUGUAUGUGCUGUUCAGAUUCAAUCUGCUUGGAGAGGAUCAAAAUAUAGAAUGAAAGAACUUCCAUCUAUAAAAAAUUAGAGAAAGGCUGAAGAGAGGAUUAGAGCUUUUGUCAGAGCAUGGAAGGUCCGUAAAGUUAUGCAAACAAGAGAGGUAUUUCUCAUCUAGUAGCAUAUCAAGGAUCUGACCAAAGUAUAGCAGUAUUUUUACUAUCUCGAGAAAGAGAACAACCCCCUCUUGCUUCAAUAGCUCCAUAAAGACAGAAGAAGUGCCAUUUAAACUCAUUUAGAUGCGAUUGAUGGUCUCUACAAGAGCGGUGCUUGGAUCAAGAGCUACAUAGGAAAUAAGAUCAUAGAGAACGACAGUCUUAUGGACUCUACCCAAGACGGUGAGAGUCAUCUCAAGUCUCCCAUCAAAGAGUACCGACUGGACACUGAUACAGCCACUCCCUUGAAAGAACUCGUAACCACAGAGAGAUUCUUAUACGAUGAAGACCUUGAAAGGAACCCAUACAUAUUCGAAAGCGAUGAGUUUGUGAGGUAGAAGUUUCUUGAAAGAAGAUAGAAAGAAUACUCAGGAGUCGAAAUAAGACAUGAAACAGAUGACUUCAUUGGUUAGCAGUAACAUAAAGGGUAAAAUUAUUCAGGGGCAAAUUUGAGUAAGAAAGCUGCAUCUAACAAGAGCAGAAACAACCUCAAGGCAGUCGAUGAUGAUUCAAGUAGCUUGAUGUCUGAUGAGAAGUUGAUCGAUAGAAGGACCAUUGGAAACUAGCAAUCUAGGAGUUAUGCAGCCAACCCUAAGGAUAACUUGGCUCUGCCAAAGCAUAAACUUACUUUCGAUCAAAUGCUAGAGAACGCCAUUCAGCAUGAUAAAAGUGGAUCAAAAGGAGGAAGGGGAGUUUCCAAAUCUGGUUCUUAAAGCUUUCUCAAGAGAAAGGAGAGAUAUGAUCCUAAGAUGUCCAUCAUCAAUUAGAAAGGUGUUGUCUCUGAGAAGAACAUAAACAAAAGGAGAGUAUUUAAGUCAAAUGAAAGGGAUGAGGACUCUGAAAUUAGUAAUGAUGAUGGUGAUGGAAUCUACUCUGAUGGAGCUUAGAGUGAGAGCAAAGGUACAUUCAAAAAUUUCCCUAGAAAGUCUUUUAUAUAAAUUGAAAGUGAGCCUCUCAUAUCUAAUAAAACAAUUCUGCCACCAACACUAUUACAAAAGCUAUAUUCUUAGCAAGUAAAGACUUAAAUGUUCUUAAGAACUGACACUGGCAGAUUUAUAGGUUCAAAUCAUUAAUCUUACCAACCAUUAAAUAAGAAUCAAGUCUAUCCAAAGAUGGCUAAUGGAAGUGAAUUAGAUCAAGGAAAAGUUAUUUUAGCUCUUGAGGAGCUCGAUAAGAUAUACAGUGUCUAUCAUGAGGGAAAAGAUGCCAAUAUGUUCUUGAAAGCUUCAACUAUAAUUAGAGAUAAAAACUCAGCUAUUCCUGUACUCAAGGAAAAGGCAAUGUUCUUCAAUUUCAAUGAUGAUUCAGUCUAUGAGAGCGUAUUGGAGGAAUUAAGAAAUUCUCAUAUCAGAAUAACAAAGGAUAAUAAAAAGUGGAUGCUUGGAAGUGCUCAUAUAUUAUGA